CGUCGACGCCGAGUGACUUUGGGCUCCGGCCGCCGUCUUCGGUCUUUCCUUCCGGCCUCUGCCAUGGGGACCCCCGAGAAGGAUGUGAGCCUCGGCGCCGGCGCCCCCGACACUCUGCUGCUGGACAAGCACGCGGCCUACAUCUGUGCCUACGGGGCCAAGAAGGAUGACUACGAAUACUGUAUGUCUGAAUACUUAAGGAUGAGUGGAAUCUACUGGGGAUUAACAGUGAUGGAUCUGAUGGGACAGCUUCAUCGAAUGAAUCGAGAGGAAAUCCUCACUUUCAUUAAGGCAUGCCAGCAUGAGUGUGGUGGCAUCAGCGCCAGCCUAGGCCAUGAUCCUCAUCUCUUGUACACUCUCAGUGCUAUUCAGAUUCUUACUCUUUAUGAUAGUCUUAAUGUUAUUGAUGUAAAUAAAGUUGUUGAAUAUGUACAAAGUCUACAGAAAGAAGAUGGGUCCUUUGCUGGAGACAUCUGGGGUGAGAUCGACACGAGAUUUUCCUUCUGCGCAGUGGCAACUUUAGCCCUUUUGGGGAAGCUCGAUGCCAUCAAUAUCGAAAAGGCAAUCGAAUUUGUCUUGUCCUGCAUGAACUUUGAUGGUGGCUUUGGAUGCAGACCUGGCUCUGAGUCCCAUGCGGGGCAGAUCUAUUGUUGCACAGGAUUUCUGGCCAUUACUAGCCAGUUACAUCAAGUCAACUCAGAUUUACUGGGCUGGUGGCUCUGUGAGCGCCAGUUACCCUCCGGUGGGCUCAAUGGGCGCCCUGAGAAGUUGCCGGACGUCUGCUACUCCUGGUGGGUCUUGGCCUCCUUGAAAAUCAUCGGGAGGCUCCAUUGGAUCGACCGUGAGAAGCUGCGCUGCUUCAUCCUGGCAUGUCAGGAUGAAGAGACUGGGGGCUUUGCCGACAGGCCAGGGGAUAUGGUGGACCCUUUCCACACCCUGUUUGGCAUCGCGGGGCUGUCUCUGUUGGGGGAUGAGCAGAUCAAGCCUGUCAACCCCGUGUUCUGCAUGCCCGAAGAAGCCCUGCGGCGCAUCAACGUGCAGCCUGAGCUCGUGAACUAGCACCCUUCCAAUCCUGCCCUUCCCCAAUAAAAGCUGUGGCUCCA